UUUGGCUGCUGCUGUCGCCCAGGCCCCAUCCGCUGCUGCGCCGCUUGGCUCCCGCGUCAAGCCAGGAGCUCGAGGCAGCUGCCCUGGCACCGGCACCGGCCCUGCCCCUCUCUGUGGAGCUGCCCCGCGCGGGCUCCUUUGCUGCGAAUGAGCCCGGCAGGCGAGACGGGGGCAGGCUGUAAGUGCCAGGCGGCGGCAGUGGUCACCCUGAGGAGGAGGAGGAGAGGAGCGGGAUUAGCGCGCGGGCAGCCGCCGCCGCAGCAACCGGACUGGGCAGCGCCUCUCUGCACCUGCAGGAGCAGCAGCAGCCGAGCCGAGGACUGCGCGUCUUCCAAGGCAAUGUUACUGUAGAAGAUUAGUCAGAUGCCUUCUGUACAUUCUCCACAUCACAUGCUGUCUCAUGCAAGCUUUGAAACACUGACCACAUAAUUUAAAUGAAUGAAUAGUUAGGUAAGCAUAAUGGAAGGCACUCAUACUAUCCUCCAAUUGCACAGGCCCAUUAUGGAACUCUGUUAUGUCAGCUUCUAUCUUCCAAAGGGAAAGGUCAGAGGAUUUACAUACAAGGGCUGUGUAACUCUAGACAAAUCCAAUAAACGUUUUCAUAACUGCUGUCAAGUAAGAGAAGGGUCAGAGACAGCAGAACCGAGAGAGCAACCUUAUGAAAAUGUUGGAGAUAUUUUUUUCAAGCAAACUACCACUAAAGAUAUUCUCAGUGAGCUGUAUAAACUAACUGCUGAAAAAGAGAGGCUGUUAGCUAACCUGCUCAGUUCACACAACAUUCUGGGUAUUAAAAUGGGAAAUCAGGAGGGGAUGCUACAGGAUGCCUCUGGAGGACUGAAAUUUAAAGAUGAUGAUCUCUUAAGUUUCAAGGAUCAGCAGGAAAUCAUUUUGGGAUCCACAGAUCAGAAACCCAAAUUGAGAAACAAAAAGAUGAGGAAAACUGGCAGAAGGAGAGAGAGCUUGGAGGAGUUCAUAAACAAGAAAGUGAAAAAGAAGGUUCAUGGCGAUUUGGAACCUUCUGUGUUAAACAGGACAGACAAGCAACUGGAAAAUAAAAGGACAUUUCCCACCAAAUGUUCUGCUGGCAGCUCUCCAGGUUCCUUUUCCAAUUCUAAUUGGCAGACAGUAGAAAACCAGGAUGAUUUACCAUUUGACAUAAAUAUACCACCAGAAAGAUGGAGAAAAGAUGGCGAUUUUCUUGAGUGCAGUGGGACUUUGAAAUCAGAUACAGACCUGUCUGAUUCUCUAUCUGAAUAUGACAAUGAUGUAUUUGGAAGUUGUAUUACACAUCCCAGUGCUGGUCUACUGGGUGAUGCAGAGGCUACUCUUAAAGUAAUGAAGGUGCAGCACAGCAGCCCUUUGUUGAACUCUUUCCAAGACAGUUUAUCUAACAGAUUUGAGGCCUUAAACGAGACUGCAGCAGCUGAAAGCCUGCAUGGUUAUGAGUAUACUGAGCAGACCUACAGUGAGAAACCUGCAGCCAGAGUUGUUGCUAAAGUACAGGAUUUGAGAAGGUGUAUUCAGAAAGUUAUAAAGACCCAUACAGAGUCUGAUGAUAACCUUUCUUACACUGAUACUCAAGAAGAUAAGGAAACUGUUAAACCUGUUCUCUCUGAAGUGUGCAGUGAAUUUAUACCAAAAGCUGAGGUAUUCAGUAUAGGUGAAGCUACUAUAGACUCUAAGUACACUGUGAUGCAGGAAAAGGAACGCAGUGGCUGUGUUUUGCAGUGCAAAGAAGAGAGACCGCAGAUUACUGAUGAGUCAUGCAACCUUGUGGGAGCAGUCAAUAAAACCCUUCUGAAAAUUAUCCAGAAUGACAGUUUAGAUGAAGCUGCAGAAUGGACGAGACUACAACAAAUUACAAGAGCAGACAAAAACCUACCAGGCUCAAUUUAUGACAAAAGAGCUACCGUACCCCAGGAGAGCAACAAACGUCUGUUUUUAAAUCUGCCAAUACAUUUAAGAACUGAUAUUUCUCAGACAAGCACUAACGUUAAACCGGAAGAGAAAAGGCCGCUAUCACCCUCUAUAGUUGCUGUCUGUAAUGUUUUUAGAAAUUCACAUUCAGGAUCCAACGCACACAAACAAAUGUCACCUAUUCCUUCUCCUUUAUCUUCGAGAUUGCCUAGUCCACAGCUGCACCAUAGGAUUCUUCCACUACCUACACAGAACACUGAGGAAGAAUCUGUGUUGAAUGACUAUCGCAGUGGGAGACACGAUGCCACAAACCUCUCCUUUGCUAAUGAUUUGGAAUCACAGUUCUAUCUGAAGUUUCCUGAAUCUGGAGAAUUGGGAUUUUCUGUAAGACAACCGGGCCUACAUCAGUGCACAACCGGAGAGUGUUUGGAAAAAUGCACUAUCCAAGAAAAACUAACUACUCAGACACAGCAGCAGCAGCUAUGUUCAGGUAUUCCAGCAGAGACUGCUUUGAAGGAUGGCUUCACUGAACAACCAACUAAUAUAGAUGUCACAAACAGAGAUGAAGAUGUCUCGGUUUUGGGUUGCAGGUUGGGACAAUCUGUGCCAUUUGCAGAUUAUAAUGAGGGAGAAAGAGUCAACAGAAAUAUAUUGCAUCUGAGCCUCGACCUGAAUCCUGACCUAAAUCCCUCAGAGCAAGAUGACAAAACUCCAGGGAAACUCCAGGCUGUCUGGCCUCCACCUGAAAUCAACGAGGGAAAAGAAAAAGUGGGGUUGAAGUACACUGAAGCAGCUCACCUAAAACUUUACAAGGAGGGACCACCAGAGUACCAUGCUGCAAUUUUGCAAUUAAAGAGGGAAAACAAGGAAGAAGUUGAAAACUUAAAGUCUCAGUUUGAACUCCAGAUCUUUCAUAUUCGUGGAGAGCAUGCUGUAUCAAACACAAAGCUUGAGGAAACCAUUGCAAAUCUCAAGAAUGAACUGGAAAACAAAUUAAAUAGAAGAAAUGAGAAAACAAAGGACGUCUGUGUAUCCACUGAAGAUGAUAAUCCACCAAAGACGUACAGAAAUGUAUAUAUACAAACUGACAGAGAAACCUUCAUAAAGCCUAGUAAAGAGGAAAAUAUACGUGUGAAGAAUAGCCAAAUGGUACCUAAAAAGCUUAAUAUUUCUACUUUAAAUCACAGUAUUUCUGCCCCAAGUGAGAAUAAGGAACCAUGUCACUGUGCACAGACUUCAGAAAGUCUCUUAUCUUGUGAACAGAAACCAGUGUUAGUAUCUCUAACACCACCCCCACCACCUCCUCUUCCUGAACCUUCACUACCAGCUUUAGUUCCUCCACCACCUCCCUUGUUAACAGGUUUGGCAUCCACUCCAUUGACAUCCCAGUUUGGAUCUGGGCCACAGCCAUUUCCUUCAGGUUGUGGAAAUCUUCCGCCACUGCCGCCGCCACCACCACCACCACCACCACCCCCCCCAGGUUUUGGGCCUCCCGGUCCACCACCCCUGCCUGGCUGUGGGCCACCUCUACCGGGAAAUGGGCCUCCUCUUCCACCGCCACCACCUGGGUUCUUUUUCAAUAGCACUCAGUCUUCAAACCAAGGUCCUCGAAAACCUGCCAUUGAACCUAACUGUCCCAUGAAGCCUUUGUACUGGACUAGGAUACAAAUCAAAGAAAGCAGCAAAAUAUCUGUACCAACUUUAUGGGACUCAUUAGAAGAACCUGACAUAGUUGAUACUAGUGAAUUUGAAUAUUUAUUUUCCAAAGAUGCAGUUCAGGAAAAAAGAAAACGCUUAUCAGAGUCUUAUGAAAAGAAAACAAAAGCCAAAAAGAUUAUCAAACUGCUGGAUGGAAAGCGAUCUCAAACUGUAGGAAUUUUGAUAUCCAGUUUGCACCUGGAAAUGAGGGAUAUUCAACAAGCUACACUAAAUGUGGAUGACUCCAUAGUCGACCUGGAAACACUGGAAGCACUGUAUGAGAAUAGAGCGCAAAAGGAUGAACUGGAGAAAAUAAAGCAGUAUUAUGAGACUUCAAAAGAAGAGGAACUGAAGCUCUUGGACAAACCAGAACAAUUUUUGUAUGAGUUAUCCCAGAUUCCCAAUUUUGCAGAACGUGCCCAAUGUAUAAUCUUCCAAUCUGUUUUCUCUGAGGGGAUAACCUCAGUGCAUCGUAAAGUGGAUGUUAUUACUCGUGCUUCUAAGGAUUUGCUGGACAUGAAAAGUGUGAAGGAAAUUUUAGGCUUGAUUUUGGCUUUUGGAAAUUAUAUGAAUGGGGGAAACAGGACACGAGGUCAAGCAGAUGGAUUUGGUUUGGAAAUUCUUCCGAAACUGAAGGAUGUCAAGAGCAGAGAUAACGGUAUUAAUCUUGUGGAUUAUGUUGUCAUAUAUUACUUACGACACUUGGACAAGGACGCAGGAACAGACAAGAGUAUUUUUCCUCUACCAGAACCACAAGAUUUCUUCCAAGCCUCCCAAGUUAAGUUUGAAGACCUAGUAAAAGACUUAAGAAAACUGAAGAGAGAUCUAGAAGCCUGUGAAAAGCAGAUGAGAGUCGUUUGCAAAGAAUCUUCAGAACAGCAUCUCCAUCCCUUCAAGGAGAAAUUGGAAGAGUUUAUUCAGACAGCUAAAGAAGAACAUAAGACAGAAGAGAGCUGUUUGGAAAAUGCACAAAAAAGCUUUGAAGAAACAGUGGGAUACUUUGGGAUAAAGCCAAAGUCUGGUGAGAAGGACAUCACACCAAACUACGUUUUCACUGUGUGGUACGAGUUCUGCAGUGACUUCAAGACCAUUUGGAAACGAGAGAAUAAAAACAUUUCCAAAGAAAGACUGAAAGAGGCUCAGCAAUUCGUAAGCAAGUUAACUGAAGAGAAAAAGGUUGAAACAAAGAAAAUCAAUCCCAUGGCUAGUCUGAAAGAAAAACUACGUCAGAAGGAAGCCAGUGUGACCACUAACUGAAAGAAGAUCCAUGAAAAUAAUGACAGUGUGACUUAAUACCUUGCAUGAUGCUUUACUAUGCCCGUUCCCCAGGGAGCACCUUAUGUUAAUGUUAUGGAGUUCUGCUUUUCUCAUCUCUUUCUGAGACAAUCCACUAAAGACUUUCCAAUCCCUUAUAAAGAGUUUGCUCAUUCAGUAGAGGAAGCACUAAGAAGCUGUUUACAGGCGAAUUUAUGAAGGGUUUUAUAUAACUCUUCCUUACCUGGCUUAAAAUGCAAUUCUUUUCUAAAUGGUUAUUUGAAGUACUCUAUGCAUAGUGCACUAAUGCGGAAAAGAUAAAAUCAGGAUUUUGGAUGUUGAAUUAAGUAACAGUUAACAACCUCUAUAUUGCUUACUUUAGCUUCAUGUAGAUUACCACAGAGGUACAGUUCAACUCAUGAGAGGCUAUUCUAUCAUAAGAGUUUAGACCUCACUAUUAACUGAGGGCAACAUUGAUUCUAAAUCAUGUUUGAUAGUCUAAAUAAGUAUUAAAUUCAUUUUGUUAAAACUAAUGCAAGUUUAUUAUAAUUAAUGUAUUCUGUAUUUUAUUACAAUUAUUUUUAUAGAAAACUCAGUCUAUGCCAUAUGCAUUGAAAUAGGAAUAAUAUUUUGCACAUGUGGAGAGAGAAAUAGCUUCAGAUUCUGUUGUCUUAUAAUAUGUAGAUGAUAUAACUGGCAAAUUAUUUUUAUGGUUUUGACUUGAUGUUUCUUACAUGUUCUUCAUGUUGCCUGAUUCAAAAAGACAAAGGACAGAAGCAUUUUUAAUUCAAAUUAUCGAUGCCAUAAGAUAAUUAUUUGUCAUCAUUCAUCUAACUGUAGUGCAUAACACAUCUCCAUAAAGUCAUAUAUUUACUGCUAAAUUUCUGGCUUUAAAUUCUAUUGAAGCUCAUAUUCUUUAAAAAUAAGCACUUCACUAUAAAACAUAUUACACAGCCUUCUCUUGUCUCCCCAUAUAUUUAUAUCUGUAUGUAUAAGACAAAUAUGUACUCUACUAUGUUAGCAUUUGAGGAGGAAGUAAGAGAAUCUUGCUAUCAUCUUGUCAUAAUAUAACCACUCUUUGUGAAGUAUCAUUUAGGGCCUGAACCCAUGAACUGCUGAGUGCCCUGAGCUCCACUGGUAUUUUCAGGCACUCAUUACAUCACAGGAUCAGGUUCUUAGAAAGAGAGAUCCUUGCAGCAGACAAAGUUUCAAGGUAGAAUAAAAAUAGUGAAUAUUAAAAAUAAAUAGAACUUUUGUUUUAGACCAGCAAUAGACUGCAACUAAACACGCAGCUGGGUAGGGAUCUUAUAAAGAAAACUUUCCACAGUUACUAAAUCGUAAAAACCUUCUGACUACUAGGGUCAUUACAAUAUAUGACCAAUACAAACAAAAUAAUGAUAAAGCAAAAAGUAUAGGACAUACAGUAAGGAAAAUAUUAAUCCCUUGGCAUGGUAGUUGAAAAGAAUAUACAUGAAAGAAAUAUAUUGGAUUAUCUACAUAGCAAAUGAGAUGCAAUAACAAUAAGUAUGAAGCAAGAUUGAUAAGGUGGUUGUAUAUUUAUUAAAGAAAACAAUAGUUGUAUCACCCCUAUUUAUGUUUCUCAUUUGGAGAGUCCUGAACAAAUAGAGUUAAGGGAGGUAAGAUAGCCUUAUAUAUUUUGGAAUUUGUAGCUGCUGUUGAUAGACUUAAUAUGUGUAAAUAUGCUACCAAUGAAAACAAAUUGAAUAUGGAUCAAUGGAGGUAAAUAGAUUCAUGGGGAGAAGGUGUUCCCUCAGUUAGCAUGGAAAUUUGCGAGAACAUUCGAGCGCUAGCAAUAUGGUGGUACUAUUUUUCCGAUGGAAGGAAAGCAAAUUCCAAAGUUCAAAAUUUUCUGUCUUCCAUCAAACCAAGCACAAACAUAAGUGAAAUGCAUCUACUUUGGCAAUCAGCAUUAACGAUGUACAAUAUAAGCGAUAUACAACAUAAGCAAUAGUGCUCAUACAAACCAAAGAUUAGAGAACAGCAGUAGGCAAGAUGAUUUUGAUGAGUCUCUAAGCAAACUACUGUACUGAAUAUUGUUCUGUACCUGUCAAAAAAUUCUGGAAUAUUGUAAUUAGAGCUAGAUGGGAAUUUUCUGAGAAAACAUUUUUCAUCAAAAAAUACAAAUUAAUCAAAACAGAAAAUCUUCUUGGGAAAAGAUUGCUUUCGACGUAUCUCCUGGUGUGAAAAAUAGUUUUGUAAUUGUCAAAAAUUUCCAUUUCAACGUUUUUUAAAUGAAAUGUUUAAAUUUGGGGUUCAAAAUGACUUUUUGUUUAGAAAUAGUGGUUAAUUUAUACUUUAAAAACAUUAAAUAAAAAUUGAAACUAAAUGUUUUAAACUUAUAUAAAUGAAACCUUUCAAUUGGUGCCAUCUGAAUUUUUUUCUAAUUCUUGGUUCAUGAAGUUUUUUGAGAUUGUUGACAUUUUGUCCCAAUUUGGGGAGAAAUUUUUUUUUCAAAAUCUCAGAAUUUCUCACGAUGGGAAAACCAGUUCAGUUUUCCACCCAGUUCUAAUUGUAAUUAUUUUUUUUCCCCUGAAGAGGGCGAUUAUGUUUCAAACUUCCACCCUUUUAUUACUAGCGGGAUUACUACUAGAUUAAAUGGGAAAGAACGUCUAGUUCAUUUGAUCCAUUCCCCUGCUCAGGAUUUAAUGACUUUUGUAAGCCUUAGUCUAAGUGAAUGGACAUGACCAGCUAAACUGCAUGCUGGUAGACCGCUGGCCAAUAUCCACAAGUGGCCAGAAACCUUUAAUACUGGUGCCAGUAUUAUGAAGUUAUUCUAGCAGAAAAGUGUCAUUGGUGAUUAAUAGAUAUUAUAUUGAGGCUUGGCAGAAUUCAAUUUUUAUUAUUUUGAAGAAUAAUAUUGCUGUUAAUUUUAAGUAUUAUUUAAAUUUUUAUCAUUGCAGGAAAUGGGGGGGGUGCAGAGGAAUCAGACAAUUAUUUAAAUGAGAGUAAACGUAUUUCAAACAGUUAAAGCUUUAUAACCAUUAAAACACAAAUUGUCAACAUCAGAUGUUGAAGUAUACAAAGUAAAUAUCCUUAAACUCUUUAAUAAGUUCUCAAGCAGCAUUUUUUCCUACUUUGCCUGUCUGUAAAUUUCUAUUAUUAUUGAUGAAAAUAUUUUUGAUGGUUGAUGUGUGUACGGUGAAAUCAACAGUUACUCACAUUUACUGAUUAAAAAUUGAAUCCUUUCAAGCCCACUUAUAUGUAUAUGUAAAUUAUAUAAUUAUGCACUAUUUAGGUACUCUAGAUUUAACAGAGAUCAGCCUGAAUCAAAAUCUGGGAUGUGAAUACCCCUGAAGUUUCUGUCUAAUAACACAAUGACACAGCAUAAAGUGCUAUGUCAGGGAAGUUGAACGCACUUCAGAUGUAUUUUGAGGACAGAUUUUUAACCUGAGCUUUCUGAUCUGGGGAGGAAUAGAAAAGAUAGAAAGGAGAAGGAAAGGAAGACGUAGAAAGGAAAGAGAGUCAACAGUUUCUUUUCACCCCCUUGCUAUUGCCUGGCCUUUGGAGGUUUGUAAAGAAGACCAGUCUAAAAGGGCCCUAUUUUUCAACAUUACCAAGGAUAAACAUAUGAGACCUACUGCACAUUAGCUUGCUAGGUAAGGUUCUGAAUAAAUUAUAAUGCCACUGUAACUGUGAAACACUGUUUCAUCCAUUAGAUUUUGAGAGUGAGAGGAAUAUCUAUAUUGCUGUUACCUCUUAUUGCUUUCAAAAUGAAACAGGUUAUUUUGCAUAUUAGAAAUAUUUUAACAAUAUACAUUAUAUAAUAUUUAUGACUUUUCUUAUUGAUCUGUCCAUGAGUGACCUAUGGAAGUCUGUCUUUUAUAUUGUGUGCCUUAUUGUGAAAAUCCACAUUUAUAAGUUUAAUGAUCUAAGAAUAUAUUUAGCGUGAAAGUGGAAGAGGUUUGUGUGGCGAAAAAUACUAAUAGAAUGAGCCUGUGAUCCAGUGCAUAUGGAAAUUUAAACAAACUGGAAUUGCUGAAAUACUCAGAUAGCAGAAGGAGAGAUAACUAACCACUGUACAUUUGAGUCAUCUACUAGGUGAUGAGUAAAAACGUGUAAAAUAAAGAAGUGCAGUUGUUUACACAUCAUAUUUGAAAUGGACACCUUGUCAAGCAUGGAGUGUUUCAUAGAAUGUUAUUUCAGGAAAAUUCCCCUUUGGAAUUUUAUAAAACACAGGCUUGUUUUCUUUCUGGUUUGUACCACAGAGAACCCCAAGUGUAAAGAUUGUACUGUAAAUCAGACAUUUGGAGUCUAUUCUUUCAUCCAAGUGCAUGGAAUUUACACGUGCAACCAUUGUUAUAAAUGGAAAUUUCCCUUUCACUUUAUUAUUGUUCCUCAUGAUUUUAAACAACAUGAAACACUGAAAGCUAAAUAUUCCCCAACCCAAACUUAGUAAAGACAAGUGCUGAAAUAUAUAAGCAUUGUAACAGAAGGAAAAAUACUUUGUAUAGACAGGAAAAAACUUCAACAUAACUUAUGAACCAAAAUAUUAAUAAACAUUAAUCCUAUUUUGUAAGUCUUAUCAGCAGUUACAGUUACAGGCUUAGAUCACCCUGGAGACAUCCUCUUGGAAUCUUCAGACACUCUGAGAAUUUUUUUCAGUGCUCUCUCUUAAACCUUUCAAGUAGUCCUGGGAGAGACGAAGUUUAGCUUAGGAGUCUAAUCUUUCGAAACGAUUGAGGAUGUCUCAGCCUUUUCAGUCCUACAACCCACUGGAUCAGAGGACCAGGUAACCUCUUCAGCCUUAUCUACACUAGCAUUUUUUGGUGAAUUCAGCUAACAUUGCACUAGCUUGGGCAUUUUUUUAUAACAAUGUCAUCUAGACCUUCUCUGAAGAGGGUUGGAUGGCAUGGUGGUGAAAAUGCCUGAGCCUUCUCCACACAAAUGCUCUGACCAUUGCCACCUCUCUUGAAGCUGUACCUGAUGCAGUGCAAGUGGGAGCUUUCCUCCAAAAUACUAAAGGUAGACAUACCUUUAGCGUGGCUAUCAACUCCCCCUCCACACCGCGUGUCACAGCAGCCAAAGAGUAUCUCAGUACAAUAUCAGCUCCAAGCUGAAUGUGAAGCCAUUAGCCUCCAAAUAAAAGAUGAUUUUAUAGAAUGGACAUCUAUAGAUUUCCCUGGAGCUGCUAUCAUCCAAGAGGGAUGUUGAUAAAUUGGAGAGGGUUCAGAGAAGAGCCAUGAGAAUGAUUAAAGGAUUGGAUAAUAUACCUUAUAGUGAGAGACUCAAAGAGCUCAGUCUGUUAGCUCAACAAAGAGAAGGUUAAGCGGUGCCUUGAUUACAGUCUAGAAGUAUCUACUUAAGGAAUUAAUGUUUAAUAAUGGACUUGGCAGUCCAGCAGCUUUAACAUGAUUCAAUGGCUGAAAGUUGAAGCUAGACAAAUUCAGACUUGGCAAUAAGGUGUAAAUUUUUAACAGUGGGAGGAAAUUAUUGGAGCAAUAUAUAUAUAUAAUAUAUUUAUUUUAUAUACAAUAUAUAUAAAAAAUUUUAUCAAGGGUUGUGGUGGAUUCUUCAUCACUGACCAUUUUUAAAUCAAUAUCAGCUGUUUUUCUAAAAGAUUUGCUGUAGUUAUUAUUUUGGGGACGUUCUAUGACCUGUGUUAUACAGGAGGUCAGACUGUGAUCACAAUGGUCCCUUCUGGCCUUGAAAUCUAUUAACCUAAAUUCAGUAGUACCUCAGUGGAAUGCUGUUCCAUCAAAACCAGUGCUUACUGUAGCAGCAGAUUAUCAAUUCUGGAGCUCUCUUGUUUUCAAAAAUCAGGAGAUUUUCUUUAUCUAAUGUAAUUUGUAGCUGUGCAGGCUAGGAUAGUGGUACCAAAGUAAUCAAAUCUCAUGAUUUUUGGUGCUAUCUGUAAAGUUUGAAAGAAAUGGUUUUUUUUUCCUUAUGCCAUAACAUUUCAGCUAGCCAAGUCAAUUGAUUGGUUUGGGUAUUUUUUUGUUUUUCUUCUAUUAAAACAUUAAUAUUGGCCACUGCUGGAAGAAGAAUAUGUGAUUAGAGGGACAACUGCUUUUAUCAAGAAUGGUAACACUGACAAUACGCUUAUUUACUUCAAUCUUUCUCCAUAAUUGAUGUUUGUCUUCUCAUAGUCAAGCAUUUAAAAAUUGCCUCUAAGCAGGUUUUGAAUAGCUACUGUCCAUCUAAUUGGCCUGGUUGGUUUCCAAUUGAAACAUGAGGGGCACCAUUCUGUUGCCCAUGUGAUUCACAUAGCACUUCUUGUCCUGGUUUUCCAAUAAACUCAUGGCAACUUCUUUUUCUGCUCUAAAUGUUUUCCAUACCUGAUGAAUGCCAAGCACAGUGGAAGAUUGCAGUUGUCUGUUUGCUCAGUAAGUAAUGCCAUUCCAUUUUGAUUAGACCUGCAUUUUGCUUCAUCACUUAGGCCAAUAUUUUCAAAAAUGGGUGCCUAAAGUUAGGGGAUUUUCAACAGUGCCCAAAGUAAGUCACUUAGGUGCUUUUGAAAAUCCCAUCUUUACCUCUGUACUUAGGCACCCAUCAAAGCUGAACAUUGUAGAAAAUCAUGCCACUUAGUUCGGAAUCUAACAAAGAAUAUGUUUUUUAAAUUCUUGGCUCUGGAUGAGUAUAGUCCAGUUUUGUUGUGGACCUCACUUUACUUUCUGAGGAAUUUGUAAGUGCCUAUUAAUGGGCUUUAGGUUGGUAGUCUUCUGGCUUCUCUUAGUUAUCUUUGUUUUGGAGAAAAUUCUGUUUGUUUGCCUAUAAUUAGAAAGCAAAUAAAAAGAAUGAGGUGACUUGAUUACAGUGCAUAAGUAGUUUUAAAAAGAGAAAAUACCAGAAAUUCAAGGGCUCUUUAGCAAAGAAACACAGAACAAGAGCCAAUGGCUGGAAGUUAAAUUCAAAUUAGAAACAAGCCUCAAGUUACUAACAAUGAGAGUGGUUAUUCACUGGAACAACCUACCAAAGGAAGUGAUGGUUUCUCUAUCUCUUGAUGACUUCAGAUAAACACUGGAUGCUUUUCUGGAAGAUGUGCUUUAAUCAAACGCUAGUUUUUGGGCUCAAUACAGGAGUAAAUGGAUGAAAUUCUAUGGCCUGUGUUAUACAGGCGGUUAAACUAGAUGAUCUAUUGAUCCCUUCUGACCUUAAAAUCUUUGAAACCAUUAAUGAUAUUCUUAAUCAGUAAUUUUAGUCUCUUACAUAAAACUCAGUAAGUCAAUUAUUUUUCCCUCUUCAGCACAUCUAUAGUGAAAGACUAGUGUUCAAACUAAAUGAAUAUUUGUCCUGAACACUGUUUUUUAAGCUAUUUCCACACUAUGAGCUAGGAUUGUGAUUCCCCGCUCACAUAGACAUAAUUUGUCAUCCGGGGUAGUAGACUAAAAAUAGUAGUGUAACUACGGUAGCAUGGGCAGCGACAGCCACAGCCCAGGCUAGUUGCCUCAGAUAUGUACCCAAGGGGGGUCUUGUACCCAAGACAGCUAGCCGGUGCCACAGCUGCCCGUGUUACUGUGGUCACACUACUAUUUUUAGCCUGCUAGCUCAGAUGAGAGCUAGCACGAGGAUAUCUGUGUGAGCUGCAAAUCACACCCCAUAGCUUGUAGUGUAGACAUAACUUUAAUUUUAAAAAUCAUUAAUAAUAGUGAUAGUGUUUCAUAGAACAACAUAAUGCCAUAAAUUAGUCCAAAACAUUAACUAUAAUGGCAUUUGUAUAUUUUAAAUGUCUCAAUAGAUAGAAGAUGCACUAGAUUGUUUUAUUUACCUACAAUAUAGAUGCACAGUUUUAACUUCAGCUUUACAAAUGCCUCCAUCAAAUUUUUUCAUUGUAUAAUAAAACUUGAAUUGUAAACUUAUUUAAUCAUUUAAAGGAUCUAAUUUGAUAGCAGGUCAAAACAAUAAGACAAAAUUAAUCGAGCUGGUCAAAAAAUUAAACCCUAUUUUUGCAAUAAGAAUUCAAAAUUUCAUAGCAAUAUAGGGCUGGAAGGGACCUCAAGAGGUCAUCUAUUGUCCAUCCCACCAUACAGAGGCAGGAUUAAGUAUACCUAGACCAUCCCUGAGAGGUAUUUGUCUAACCUGUUCUUAAAAACCUCCAAUAAAGUGGAUUCUGAGAUAUUUCUGAUUCUUUUUGUGCCUCUAUCACCUCAAAUGUAUCAUCAAAAAUCUAAUAUAUGGUAGAAUGAAGCCAUUUUAGAGGGCCUGAUCCUGUAAGCACUUAUGCCUGUGAGUAGCUUUACUAGUGUAAGUAAUCCUGUGGGCCCAGAUCAUUGCCUCCUUCAGGAAAAUCCAUGGGAAGGAGUUGUGGGGGAGGAUAUCUCGGUGCCAAUCCACUCGUGGGAGUAGUAUUUGAGGGUUCUGACUUACGUUUCAUAUAUAUUUUCCAUAUCUAUCCAGGCUUCAGGUGGAGAGAGACUGUAGCAUGCUUGAAAAACAAAAAGCUGGAAUAAUAUCAUUGCUGUCAAAACAAUAUAAAGCUCACUGCUUUUCCUGUGCAUCAUCACUGCAGAAAGUCCAGAAGAGACUGUCUACUACAGUACUGCUAGUUUUGGGUUUUUUUUAAUUAUGAGAUUUUCUUGUUUUAAACAGAUAUGCACAUUAUAGCCUGGUGGCUACCAGACUGUCCUCUAAAGAGACCUAAUUAUCAGACCCAAACAUUUUGCUCAUAAGCAGCAGAUUGGGUACACACUUACGGGGACACACAACCAGGGGCAGCCAUUGCGUUUCUGAUGCCCCAACCAGACAGUAUCAUCCCCAAACAGGGUGAAAAGUGGGGGAGGCUGGAGGCGGGGGAUUUAAAAGGCUGUAGGAUUGUAGGUUCAGAGAAGUGAUGCCAAAUGAAGUACAUUCUUGCCUUAAUGCACUGGUUUUCAAUUACAUUGAUCUGUGAGUAAAUGCAAAGGAAAGAGGAGACUCUGAGCUCAUGCUCAGAGAUGGCGUGAGUAGUGGAUGUUUUACAGAGACAUGCUAAAUGAUAAGUAAUUUGUUUUUUUGUAGGUGACAGAUGAGCCUCCAGGAAACUUGUAUCUGUGACUAUCCAUCCACCCUGGUACCAGUGGGAUGCCUCUUUCAAAUGCAAAUAGCAAACAUGCCAGAAGAGUAAAUUUAGCUUGAUUGAAAGUGUUUGCCAAGUAUUUGGGGGCUACCGUUUGUAUAUCUGUUUAACGCCAGGAUAUUUCAUAUCCCCUGAGUGCCAUAGCUAUGCUGACCUAACCCCUAGUGUAGAUGCAGCUAGGUCAAUGGAAGAGGGCUUCUGUCAACCUAGCUAAUGUUGUUCGAAGAGAUGGUGUUCCAACAAGAAAUGGAAAAAUCCCUUCUGUUGCUAUAGAUUGUGUCUACGCUACAGGAUUAUGCCUGCAUAGCUACAGCACCAUAGCUAGUAGUGUCCCCAUAGUAUAGAAAUGACCUAAAUCACUUAGGGCACUUCUGAAAUUUUUAAGGUGUGUUUUUGUUUGCGGGAUGUGUUUGGUAUAGAACUAUUCUCAGAUAUUUCUUUCCAAACUAUAAACCCUAUAGCUAGCCAUAGUCAUAUGUUAUAAGAAGCAAAAAUAGAGAAGGAUUAAUUUUGGGAGACGUGGAGGUUGAUAGACAUCAGGAUUUAGCAGGCAUAUGGUGUGAUUCUUAACAUUUUAUUUGUUCUUUUGAAAAGCAGCUUUCAAAAAUCUUUCAAACCAGUACUAGUUCAAAGAGACUUCACUUAAAAUUUGCACCUGCUGAGCAUGAUUCCUGUUGUUUCCCUUCCCAUCUCCCACUCCAUAUCCCCUGCUACACGCUCAAAAAAAUAUCUAAAUACAGACCUCUUGGGCUGUUAGGAAUUUGCUGUUAGGAAUUCACUCUUAGGCAGAUAUUUUGUGGUGCAGUUGUGUUGAUUUUCCUUUUAGAAUGUAGCAGAAUGGCACAUACUAUAGCAGGUUUCAGAGUAGCAGCCGUGUUAGUCUGUAUUCGCAAAAAGAACAGGAGGACUUGUGGCACCUUAGAGACUAACCAAUUUAUUUGAGCAUAAGCUUUCGUGAGCUACAGCUCACUUCAUCGGAUGCAUACUGUGGAAAAUACAGAAGAUGUUUUUAUACACACAGACCAUGAAAAAAUGGGAGUUUAUCACUACAAAAGGUUUUCUCUCCCCCCACCCCACUCUCCUGCUGGUAAUAGCUUAUCUAAAGUGAUCAGUCUCCUUACAAUGUGUAUGAUAAUCAAGGUGGGCCAUUUCCAGCACAAAUCCAGGUUUUCUUCCCACAUACUAUAGCAGUAUCCUUAGUAUUAGGGGAGUGCAUCUAAUAAGUUCCACAGAUACAGCGGUUAUUUUCUUUACCUGUGUCAAUAUCAGAUUUGUUUUUAAUAAAACAACCGCUUUGCCUUGAUGCUAUCACAUAUGGCAGCAUUAGAUGUGUUUGCUGUUUCCACCCUUAGUCCCAUAACAUUUGCAGCAAAAAUCCUGGAACAUUCACAUUGUGGAGUAUUUUUUUCUUUUAAGACUCAAACACUAAAAUACAUUAUAAAUAUUCAAAAAAAAUAAGCUAAUGGGAUCCAGGUACUCUUUUCCUUUACAAUGUAACAAUAUGUAUCCCUAUCGUAUAUCGGAACUUUUCAUUUUGUCAAAAUACCAAAAUAUACGCAUGAGUUGAAUUUGUAAAAAGGAAAAAAAAGAGGAAAAAAAAAGUUGCAACAAAAUGAAAUAUUUAUUUUUUAAGGAAGUGUUAAACAACCAUUGUUUGUAAAUAAUAAAAGACUAUAUUUUCCUCCUCACUAUUACUCUUCACCAUAUCAAGUGUAUUUUUGUAUGUAAAAUAUAUUGUUUAGAUAGUAUAGAUUUCUCUAUUCAAAGAAUUCUGUUGAGAUAGUAUGUUUUACUAAUCCUGAUACAGUUAAUAAUCUAGCUCCCAGUGAAUGUAUUUAAAAAGAUAGAAUCUAUUUUUUGGAGUCCGCAAAGGACUAAAAUGUGUGGCUUACAGAUGUCUGUUUGCUGAAGGUAUUUUAAUAAACAUUGGUUUUAUUUGUGUCUGG